AUGCUCGUCUACCUACCCAGCAAAGCUCAUGGAACCGUCUCGCCUCAAGAAUUUGAUCCCUCCGGCUUCUGUCAGAAUUUGUCGAAUUCGCGUUAAAAUGUACUUACAUCAGCCGAACAAAUAAAAGGUAGACUAGAGGAUGCGCCUGAGAACCUCGACUUUCGCCGCAUUAUCGUUUCAUGCUCGGACAUACGAAAGCGGUUUGGAGCAAGCACACACCAACUACUUACUUGGCCAUGACAUAACAGACAAAAUCAAAUCUUGCAACAAACCUUUUGACACAGAAUCAUUUUUGUUUCUAACGAGGCCUAGAAUGCCGUAAGAGGUCGCUAAGGCUCACCUAUAACAAAGCGACAUGCCAAUACUUUGUUUUGGGCUGUUUUGAAUACCUUUUCUCAAGCUUUCAGUAAAUAAUAAAUCUGCCUGAUUAAUUCCUUCAUCAAGUUUGGAGGUGUCCUGCUGUUGUACAGGAUUCCAUAUUAAAAUAGCAGACUAAUAAAAUAUAGCUAAAUAGAUGCGGGGAAUUCCUAAUUAAAUUCCCAUAUUACACUACUUACCCUUUACUUAUGUAUGGCAUUUUAAAUAAGAUCAACCAAACUAAUAACUUUCUGUCCCUGCUCCGUAACACUAUAUGAGCAUGUGCAGCACUUUUUUCGAGGUAAUCGUUUUCCGAAUCGGAAGUAAAACAUAAUAAGAUAAGUGUAAGGACAUUGGAAAGUGUUAAAAACAGUUUUUGUUACUUAAAAUUAAAUAAUUUCAACUCACUAAAAAACCUAAUGCUGACUAAAACAAUGUCAUUGAAAGCCUCAAAUAAAUUUAUUACGAUUUUAUCAGUCUAAACUAUUAAUUAACGCUGCAUAAUUAGCAGUUGAUCAAAUAAUUAACUUUAUAAACUUGCCACAUGUUUCAAAUCCGAAAAUAUUACAGUAAUCCGCAGCAAAGUUACAAUUAGAUUAAGCGUAGCACUGCGACUUCAGAAAUGAACAAAGAGCGAAAGGGUUAAGUAACAUGCCCUUAAGGUAUUAAUAAACUUACAUUGUCGGCAUGGUCUUUCUUUUCUCGGAUUUCUUACACUGUCUUUUCCAUUAAGUCUAAAAAGUAGAACCAAAAAAGUUGGAAAGUUAAAGCCAUUUCGAGACAAAAAUUUUCAGAUUUAACUUUCCAAAUUCACGAAAAUAAAAUGAAAUGCAUUACAAAGUAGGGAAAUAAAUGAAUACUUGAGAUCAUAAGAGGCCACGACUUGCUCUUUCAGAUUUAUCAAAACUUACAACAAAAAAAGACAGCCGGCUGUAAAAUAAUGUGUGUGUGAUACGUAACGUAAUGUAAUCAAAAAUGUACAAGUCAAUAACAAUUAUGCAUACUUUCAGAGACCGCAAUCUCCCUAGUGACACCUCUCGAAAAUAUUGCGGUCCCAGAAGGCGCGGAUGCCACAUUCACCUGCUCCUUCGACCAUUGUCCGGCUACAGCCUUUAUUUACUGGUAAUUACCCCUUAAUUAAUUGAGAAUAAUAUACAACUCCUUUAAGCGUACUUUUAUUGUUGGUACAAGUUUGCUAGUACAAACUUUAUGACUAGUUUUGUACCAACAAACUAAACUGUACAACUUUUUCAAAUCUCACUUAUCAGUCGGAAAUAUAAAAAUUACUGUUUCCAGGUCAAAGGAUGGUCAACGUUUUAGUACCGUAUCAAACACCAAGUAUGUGAGCACUUUAGAGAACGGCUUGGCCACACUGAGAAUAUCAGCUGUGGCCGUUGAAGACGGUGGUUUGUACAAAUGUGAAGUCGAGGAAAACGAAAACAAAUCAUGGUCAGAAGCUGUGCUUGAUGUCAUCGUAAGUUAACCCGAACCCCUUAACCACCCUCUUUAAAGAAACAAACAAACAAGCUCAAGUCAGAACCUAUCACAAUUGGAGAGGAUGUACCGUCCGAUUCUAAACAAACAUCAUCGGAUACGAAGAAGCCGAAGAAAGUUAUCAAAAAGAAGCCUAAAGCCGAAAAGUCUUCUAGCGUGUCCAAAGAUCCUGCAGAAAAUGAAGCCAGCGAACAACAAGCAAUGACAACUGAGGGAGAGAGUAGUGAUAAUGCAGAAGUUGCUAAACCCAAGAAGACUACAAAAACAAAAGCCGAGAAGCCUGUAGAAAAACUGUCAACAGAUUCUGAAGGAACUUCAGACAAAGAAGCCAAUAAAACAGCAGAAUCAAAGAAUGAAACUCAAAAGACAAAGGAAUCAGCAAAGCCAGAAGCUACAAAACCUAAAGAACCAAUCACAGAAGAAAGACCCUCGUCAAGAACUCAGAAAAGAGAAGCCAAAAUCAUCAAAGAGCUAGUCAACACACAAGCCAACGUCGAAGAUAGUAUCGUUCUUUCAGUGACAACGACUCCAGAAGAAUGGACCGCCGUCAAGUGGCUCCAUGAUGGAGUUGGCAUGAAGACUACGGGAAAAUACCAACUGCAAGAAGAAAAAGGUAAUAAAAAACAGCAGAGGAAGGAAAUAAUAUUGUUUUAGAUGCAUUGACGCUCAGAAUCAAGAAUUGCACCAAGGAAGACGGUGGAGAGUGGAGACUUAUCGCUAAAACGAGCACUAGCAGCCUUGAAACGUCAUGCUUUGUAGAUGUGCACGAAGAAGAGAACACGGUUCCUGAAUUUACAGUAUGUUUUAGAAUACUUAUAUAAUAUAAUGAAUUAUUUUAACCUCAACAAAAACUUGUUUCAGACCUUCCUCGAAGACAACACCUGUUCGUCCGGAUGUAUGAUGAUGUUGAAGACGACAAUCAAAGGAAAACCAACUCCAAAGGUUACUUGGUACAAAGACGGACAAAAACUGAAAAAUAGUGGAGAUUAUAGGAUCGUAGACAACAUUAACAGCCACAUGUUGACCAUUUUGGAGACUACAACAACAAAUUCUGGGGAAUAUGAAUGUGUAGCUAAAAAUAUAAAUGGCACAACUACGACUAAAGGACGAUUGACUGUAACAGGUAAAACAAAACUUUCCACGAUAUACUGCUUUAUAAUUCAAAAACAAAACAAAAAAUCAAAGUUGUUUUUCGAAAUAUCGCAAUUUCUGAUAGGUUAAGUCUUUCUUUUUCGAGACAUGUUUACCGAAAAAUAA